UUUUCUAUUCCUAUAUAUAUAUAUAUACAUACACAACACACCACACCUAUACAUAGGCGAGGAAAGAAAGAAGGAAGAGGAGAUGGGGAACGCGUCGUGUAUAUUUGUGGGUUGCAUAGAUCAAGCCAGCGUUGGGAUCGUUGAGAAAUGGGGUCGGUUUGAGAAAUUGGCUCAGCCAGGUCUCAAUUUCUUUAACCCCUGCGCCGGUCAGUAUCUUGCCGGCGUUCUUUCCACCAGAAUUGACUCUCUUGAAGUCAAAAUCGAAACCAAAACCAAGGACAACGUGUUUGUUCAGAUAGUUUCUUCAAUUCAGUAUCGAGUAAUAAAGCAAAAUGCUGAUGAUGCAUUCUAUGAGUUGCAGAACCCCCGGGAACAAAUUCAAGCCUAUGUUUUUGAUGUUGUACGAGCACAAGUUCCAAGAAUGACUUUGGAUCAACUCUUUGAGCAGAAGGAUGAAGUUGCAAAGUGUGUAUUGGAGGAGCUUGAGAAGGUUAUGGGAGAAUAUGGGUACAACAUAGAGCACAUACUGAUGGUGGACAUAAUACCUGAUCCCUCUGUGCGUAGAGCAAUGAAUGAGAUCAACGCAGCACAAAGACUUCAACUUGCCAGUGUCUACAAAGGAGAAGCUGAUAAGAUCCUUCAAGUUAAGAAAGCUGAAGCCGAAGCUGAAGCCAAGUACUUGGGUGGGGUCGGUGUAGCAAGGCAGAGACAAGCAAUAACUGAUGGACUAAGAGAGAACAUCUUAAACUUCUCCCAUAAAGUGGAAGGUGCCUCAGCAAAAGAAGUAAUGGAUCUUAUUAUGAUCACACAGUAUUUCGACACAAUCAAAGAUCUCGGAAAUUCAUCAAAGAAUACCACGGUCUUCAUACCUCAUGGUCCGGGCCAUGUUAGGGACAUUGGUGAUCAGAUUCGUAAUGGUCUCAUGGAAGGAAAAGCGGGCAGCUCCAAUGCACAUUCUGACUAAGUGUACAGUUUUGCCACUUACCUGACCUUUUGUUUUUUCUCUGGUUUAAUAUACAGAAUAAAGAAAAAUAGUUCUGGACUUGGGUUUAUACUAUAUGAGUAUGCAACUUAGUUUGAAAAUAUGUGUUAGUUGCAUGCUUUUUUAUGUCAUGUGAGAGGGUUGGUUGAACUGUUUGCGUGCAUGUAUUUGUAUUUUGUAUGUUAUGGAAGUGUAUGUUUGCUUCCAAAUAUUCUCUUAGCUUUCGUUUUGUGUCCAAUGACAUGCUAAACUUACAAAUUUUUUUUGUUUA